AUGUUUGGACUUCUUUUUUUCAUUUUAUUCACCCCUGGAGUCAGUGAAUUUCUUUGUAUGUCGUCAGAUCUAGAAAUGUCAUAUACUUUUUGUGAUUCUACAGCUCAUGCUUUCAGGUUUAAUCUGACACCUUGCAGCAUCAUGAACAACUCCGUCUGGAAGGCUACUCUUACCUGGAUUCCAAGAAGUGACACCACCUUUUUGAAAAUUGUCUUCAAAGUCUGGUACGACGGUGCCAAAGCAUUACACUGGAAAGAAGUCCUCUGCAGCGGAGCCGACGACGAAUAUGCAGUGUGCGGAAUGCUGAAAGGAGAAACAAUUGCAACAACAUUUGACAUUAAAGGUGCAAGAACAAAGUUUCCAAAGGGCAAUUAUAACAUUAUUUUACAAGCAUUCUCUGAUGAUUCUGAGAAUAAUAUGGUCAUAUGCUUGAAUUUCACCAUGAUAGUAAAACAAGACACUUUCUGAAUGCAACAAACGUUUCAAAUAAUUCCAG